AUGGACGAGGAGGAAGAAGGGUAUGAGGAAAUUACGCAGGAGGAUUGUUGGACCGUGAUUUCCAGCUUUUUCGAACAGAAGGGUCUUGUGCGACAACAGUUAGACUCUUUUGACGAAUUCGUGCAGAACACGAUGCAGGAAUUGGUGGACGAGAACGCGGAUCUCAUACUGGAUCAGGCAGACCAGCAUACGGGUCAUGAAGCAGAUAUGACACGACGUUAUGAAAUCAAAUUUGGGCAAAUCUACCUCUCGCGGCCCACUGUCACUGAAGCGGAUGGUUCCGUAGUUCCAGUCUUCCCCCAAGAAGCACGUCUGAGGAACUUGACGUAUUCUGCGCCGUUAUACAUAGAGAUGAAGAAGAGGGUGCUUGUUGGACGAGAGGAUCCAAAUGGUGUUCCUGGAGACAUUCUGUGGGAGCCAGAACAUGAUGAGAGUGCGGAUGACACGACAAAAGUUUGGAUUGGCAAGGUACCCAUCAUGCUCCGCUCAACCUUCUGUAUCCUCAGAGGGUUGCAAGACCAAGAUUUGUAUGAUCUGAACGAGUGCCCGUACGACUCUGGGGGUUACUUCAUUAUUAACGGGUCGGAGAAGGUGCUCAUCGCUCAAGAGCGCAUGGCUACAAAUCAUGUAUAUGUGUUCGCAAAAGCGCAGCCAUCUCCUAUAAGUUUCCUGGCUGAGAUCCGGAGUGCUGUAGAAAAAGGCGGGAAGACCAUUAGCCAGUUUCAGGUCAAAUUAUUCAACCGCAACCAGGAGCGAACUUUGGGGAACGUCAUUAAAGCGACCAUUCCUUACAUCCGUGUAGACAUCCCUAUCUGGGUAGUCUUUCGCGCGUUGGGUGUCAUCUCAGACCGUGACAUUCUCGAACACAUUUGUUAUGACAUGCAAGACUCUCAAAUGCUAGAGAUGCUCAAACCCUGUAUAGAUGAAGGCUUUGUCAUCCAAGAUCGCGAGGUCGCCUUGGACUUCAUUGGUAACCGUGGAACGACUACUGGUCUUUCUCGUGAACGACGUAUACGGUAUGCCCAGGAGAUUCUGCAGAAGGAAAUGCUUCCACACGUUUCUAUGGCGGAGGGUUCGGAGUCCAAGAAGGCCUACUUUUUCGGGUACAUGAUCCAUCGGUUACUCCUUGCAGCUCUAGAAAGGAGAGAACUCGACGACCGUGACCACUUUGGGAAGAAACGUCUCGAUCUCGCUGGGCCAUUGCUUGCAAAUCUGUUCCGCAUGUUGUUCAAGAAGCUUACUAGGGAUGUAUACCGGUAUCUGCAAAAAUGUGUUGAGACUCACAAGGAAUUCAACCUGUCGCUAGCCGUGAAGCACCAGACAAUCACUAAUGGUCUGAAGUACUCGCUGGCAACUGGAAAUUGGGGAGAUCAGAAAAAAUCGAUGUCAGCAAAGGCCGGUGUGUCCCAGGUGUUGAACCGGUAUACAUAUGCGUCGACGUUAUCUCAUCUCCGGCGGUGUAACACGCCGUUGGGGCGUGAGGGAAAGAUCGCAAAGCCCCGUCAACUGCACAAUACGCACUGGGGAAUGGUGUGUCCCGCUGAAACUCCAGAAGGGCAAGCUUGUGGGCUCGUUAAAAAUCUGGCGCUUAUGGCAUGCAUCUCCGUCGGUUCCUAUUCAGCUCCCGUUAUCGAAUUCUUAGAAGAGUGGGGUUUGGAGUCUCUUGAGGAAAACGCGCAUUCUGCUACUCCUUGCACGAAAGUGUUCGUAAACGGCGUCUGGAUGGGUGUACAUCGGGACCCUGCCAACCUCGUUAAAACGAUAAAGAAACUCCGUCGGAAGGACGAUAUCAGUCCCGAAGUUUCCGUGGUUCGCGAUAUUCGCGAACGAGAGCUUCGACUUUAUACCGACGCCGGUCGUGUAUGUCGGCCGCUCUUUAUUGUUGAAAACCAGCAACUCGUUCUACAGAAGAAACAUAUCAAGUGGCUCGGCCAAGGUUACCGGGAUGAUGAUGGCGAGGAGUUCAAAUGGGAGCAGUUGAUCAAGACUGGCAUUGUGGAGCUAUUGGACGCGGAAGAAGAGGAGACUGUUAUGAUAUCCAUGACGCCAGAAGAUCUCGAAAAUUCCAGAUUGCAAUCUGCCGGUAUCAACCCUUACGAAAACGAUGGCGACUAUGACCCCACUGCGCGGCUGAAAGCAAAGACGUCUGCGCAUACAUGGACGCAUUGUGAAAUUCAUCCCAGUAUGAUUCUGGGUGUUUGUGCUAGUAUCAUACCUUUCCCCGAUCACAAUCAGUCUCCUCGUAAUACUUACCAGUCCGCCAUGGGUAAACAAGCCAUGGGCAUCUACCUAACCAACUUUUUGGUCCGUAUGGAUACCAUGGCGAAUAUUUUGUAUUACCCUCAGAAACCCCUUGCUACCACGCGCUCGAUGGAAUACUUGAAGUUCCGCGAGCUCCCCGCUGGUCAGAACGCCAUCGUUGCCAUCAUGUGCUAUAGCGGGUACAAUCAAGAGGAUUCCGUUAUUAUGAACCAGAGCUCUAUCGACCGUGGCUUAUUCCGAAGUAUCUACUACCGGAGUUACAUGGACUUAGAGAAGAAGAGUGGCAUCCAGCAGCUGGAGGAAUUCGAAAAGCCUACUCGCGAGACGACCCUGCGAAUGAAGCACGGUACCUACGAUAAGCUGGAGGACGAUGGUUUGAUUGCUCCUGGUAUCCGUGCUCUGGGAGAAGAUAUCAUCAUUGGCAAAACAGCACCAAUACCUCCGGAUAGUGAGGAGCUCGGACAGCGUACACGGACGCAUACUCGACGUGAUGUGUCAACACCUCUCAAGAGUACAGAAAGCGGAAUCGUCGACCAGGUGCUGAUCACCACGAACUCUGAGGGACAGAAGUUUGUGAAAGUCCGAGUUCGUUCCACUCGUAUACCUCAAAUCGGCGACAAAUUCGCUUCUCGUCAUGGUCAGAAAGGUACUAUUGGAAUCACCUAUCGCCAGGACGACAUGCCUUUCACAGCUGAGGGCAUCACUCCUGACUUGAUCAUUAACCCUCACGCCAUCCCAUCACGUAUGACCAUUGGGCAUUUGGUUGAGUGUCUUCUCUCAAAAGUUGCCACCCUUCUUGGCAACGAGGGUGACGCCACACCUUUCACUGAGCUUACAGUCGAAUCCGUUUCGACAUUUUUGCGUCAGAAAGGAUAUCAAUCCCGUGGACUAGAGGUAAUGUAUCAUGGCCAUACGGGCAAGAAGCUCCAAGCGCAAAUCUAUCUCGGGCCGACGUAUUACCAACGCCUAAAACACAUGGUGGACGACAAGAUCCACUCUCGCGCCCGAGGUCCUGUGCAGAUUUUGACCAGACAACCUGUGGAGGGGCGUAGUCGUGAUGGUGGUCUCCGUUUCGGAGAAAUGGAGCGCGAUUGUAUGAUUUCGCAUGGUGUUGCUGGCUUCUUGAAGGAACGGCUGUUCGACGCUAGCGAUGCCUACCGUCUGCAUGUUUGCGAUAUCUGCGGCCUGACUGCAAUAGCCAAUCUUAAAAAGCAAACCUUUGAGUGUCGUGCAUGCAAGAACAAAACGGCUUGUUCGCAAUUGUACAUCCCUUAUGCUGCCAAACUCUUGUUCCAAGAAUUACAAAGCAUGAACAUCGCCGCACGACUUUACACGACGUCGACUGGGCGCGUCAGAGAUUCUAAUAGCUAA